CCGCUAGCGAGGUGGAAAUUACAAAUGAGGCCAUUAAUUUGUGACAGGGUUUAAAAGCUAGGGUUUUCUACGUAGUUGUCCGAAGAAUGUAUGUGUACCAGCCCUAAUUUUCAAUUCGAUCACAAUCAGAACCAGCCCAAAAUCUAAGCAAACAAAGCUCCGGCAACGACAAGAACAGGGUUUGGGCUUUGGUGUUUCGCCUUCGUCUAUGGUUUGUUGAUCAGAUUGAGCUGUCUUCUGCUAUGCCUGCUACUGCUAUCCUGCCAUUAUUACUUCUGUUUUGGAUCGGAUUCUCUUAACUGAUGUCUCCUGCUAAUGACUACUGCAUUAGACAUUUCGAAUUUCUGAUCGUCUGUGCGGUGAAGCGUCGGCUAGUAGUCCCUAACAGGAGUUUGCAAAAUGUCAAGUGGGACUGGGCUCGAAAAUCUAGUAGAUCAAACAAUUUCUGUGAUAACAAAUGACGGGCGCAACAUAGUGGGUGUGUUAAAAGGUUUUGACCAGGCUACGAACAUAAUUCUUGAUGAAUCUCAUGAACGCGUUUACUCAACCAAGGAAGGUGUCCAGCAACUUGUGUUAGGUCUUUACAUCAUCAGAGGGGACAACAUAAGCAUUGUGGGGGAGAUUGAUGAAGAACUGGAUGCCGGCCUUGAUUUGUCAAAACUGAGAGCUCAUCCUCUAAAGCCUGUUAUCCAUUGACGGGCAGUUAUUUGCUGUGUAACGACUGUAUGUACGUGAAUUGGAUUUAGAUGAGUAAGAUCGGUUUGGAUGUUGUAUGAUGCACUAAAUGCACUUCUUACGAAGAGGGGUUUUUGAUAUUUUGUUUUCCAUAUUUAUGUGGUGUUUAAGUUGUUUCCCCGAAAGGAAAGGGAAAAAGCAGAAUGGUCGUCUUUGAAUUGACAAAAUUUUGAUAAUUAAAUAGCAAAUCCGUUCGAGCAGCCAAA